AUGUUCUUGAUUAUUACAUUUGGGCUCCUGUACAUUCCCAAUUUUGUGUGUGCCUUUACUGACAAUGACUGUUAUGUAACCAUCAAGGAAGAUUUUUGCCUUGAAGGAGAUGUGAGAGUUGGUGUAUUUUUCCCUCUUCAUAUUUUUUACACAACCAAAACCUUUCUAAAGGAAACGUCUUUCCCUGACUUUUACCUACAGUAUAAGUUUAAGAACUACCAAUUCCUUCUGGCCCUGGUAUUUGCCAUUGAGGAGAUCAACAGAAACCCUAAUCUUCUACCCAAUAGAAGGUUGGGUAUCUAUAAUGCUGCACCUUAUGAAAUGAGUAUCCUUCUUGCUCCAUUUGUUUGGCUCACAAGUUGGAGGCUACCUCUAGCUAAUUACAACUGUAGACUGAAGAGAAUGUCACCUGCUGCACUCACAGGAACAUCAUGGAAAAUAUCUUCCCAAGUUUGGAAACAGAGUAUUGUUCUUGUUUCCAAUUUCCUUUUUCUACAGCUCACUUUUGGGCCUUUUGAUUCUACCUUAAAUGACCAAGGUCAGUUUAAUUCUCUCUUUCAAAUGGCACCCAAGGACACAUUUCUAUCUCUUGCCAUAGUGUCUUUGAUGCUUCAUUUCAGCUGGUCCUGGGUUGGUCUGAUCCUCCCAGAUGACCACAGAGGGACUCAGAUUCUGUCAGACUUGAGAGAAGAUAUGGAGAGUAAGAGCAUCUGCAUAGCCUUUUUGAAAAUGAUCCCUGGUUCCUGGAAUUCAUUUUCCCAUUCAAUAUGGAAUGAUCUGAAGAUUCAGGAAUCAUCAGCAAAUGUGAUAGUUAUUUAUGGUGACAUUAUAUCUUUGCAAGGUUUAAUGUGACAUAUUGAGCAACUGUUAGUGACAUGGAAAGUCUGGAUCUUGAACUCUCAAUGGGAUGUUGAUAAUAUUGCUGAUUAUUUCAUGGUAGAGGCAUUUCAUGGGAACCUCAUUUUUUCACACCAUCAUGAAGAUAUGGUUGACUUAACAAAUUUCAUUCAAACAGUUAAUCCCUACAAAUACCCAGAAGACAAUUAUCUUCCUAAGUUUUGGUUUCUGUUCUUCAAGCGCUCAUUUUCUGAGUCUGAUUUUCAACUUUUGGAAAACUGCCAACCCAAUGCUUCUUUGGACUUACUGCCCAGACACCUUUUUCAAACAGUCAUGAGUAAAGAGAGCUACAAUAUAUACAAUGCUGUGUAUGCUGUGGCCUACAGUCUCCAUGAAAUGAAUCUCCAGCAAAUGCAAGCACAACCAUAUGGUAAUGCAAAAGAAAAGGAAUUCUUCCCCUGGCAGUUCCUUCCUUUCCUAAAGAAUGUCCUACUGAAAAAUCCUGUGAGAGGUCACAUAGCAAUGAAUGGGAGAAAACACUUAGAUUCAGAGUAUGACAUUCUCAAUUUUUGGAAUUUUCCAAAGGGUCUUGGAUUAAAGGUGAAAGUAGGAGCCUUUUCUUCAGAUGCUCCCCUUGGUCAACAGUUGACUUUAUCUGAGCAAAUGAUUCAAUGGCCUACAAAGUUUACAAAUAUUCCUCAGUCUGUGUGCAGUGAGAGCUGUAGGCCUGGAUUCAGGAAGUCUGUCCAGGAAGGCAAGGCUGUCUGUUGCUUUGAUUGCACUUCUUGUGCAGACAAUGAGAUUUCCAAUGAGACAGAUAUGGACCAGUGUGUGAUGUGUCCAGAAAGUCACUAUGCUAACUCAGAGAAGAACCACUGCCUCCAGAAAUCUGUGAGCUUUUUAUCCUAUGAAGACCCUUUGGGGAUGGCUUUCACCACCACAGCACUGUGCUUCUCUGCACUCACAGCUGUGGUUCUUGUUGUCUUUGUGAACAGAGACACACCCAUUGUCAAGGCCAAUAAUAGGGAUCUCAGCUAUACCCUGCUAUUGACACUCAUCAUCUGCUUCCUCAGUUCCUUGCUCUUCAUUGGCAAGUUCAACACAGCCACCUGCAUCUUGCAGCAGACAGCAUUUGGAAUUUUGUUUACUGUGGCUCUCUCCAUAGUAUUGGCCAAAGCUAUCACAGUGGUUAUUGCAUUCAAGGUCACUGUUGCAACUAGAUUGGUGAGGUGGUUAAUGGUAUCAAGGGUCCCUAACUUCAUCAUUCCCGUCUGUACACUCAUCCAACUUGUUCUCUGUGGAAUCUGGUUACCUCUCAACCCUCUUGAUCAUGAUGCUCAUGCUGAACAUGGCCACAUCAUCAUUGUGUGCAACAAAGGAUCAGCAGUUGCCUUCCACUGUGUCCUGGGAUACCUCUGCUUCUUGGCACUUGGGAGCUAUGCCAUGGCCUUCUUGUCCAGAAAUUUGCCUGACACAUUCAAUGAAGCCAAGUUCCUGUCAUUCAGCACGCAGGUAUUUUUUUUAGUGUGGGUCAUGUUCCUCUCUGUCUACCACAGCACAAAGGGGAAGGUCAUGGUGGCUAUGAAAGCCUUCUCUAUCUUGGCUUCCAGUGCAGCACUUCUUGGUUUGAUCUUUGCUCCCAAGUGCUACAUCAUUUUUAGACCACAUACGAAUUUCUGUCUUGGCAUUAGGCAUAAAACCCAUUCAAGAAAUAUGUCACUUAAAAUUUAG